GCGACAUGUUGGCUCAAAUGCAUCAAAACAAAGAGACUUUCACUCAAACACACUUUAAGUUUACAAUCAAUGCUUUUGAGGUGACCGUCCACAAGCCCACUCUGCCCAGAACACCUCACCGUUCCGCCCCAGACGGACGCUCGCCAUGUCGCCGCUGCCUCCGCCCCUGCCGCCCAUGGUGGCGCUGCUGGCGCUGCUGGGGGCCGCCCCGCUUGCCGCCGCCGAGAUGAGCGAGGCCGUGUGGCACCGGGCGCUGAUCUCGCAGGCGCAGCUCGACGCCGCCGCCACGUCUGAAAGGUUCCAGGUGGCUGAUGAAAUCCUGUGCGCCGCCCUGGCCAACGCCGCCCCCUGGUGUCACCUGCUGACCCACGAGGGCACCACCUGUGUCCUAUACGACGUGGUGGUGGACAGUCUGGACGACGCAGCCGCCGACGCCGCCACGACCUGCAGGACCCGCCACCGCAACGUGUGUAUCGUGGAGGGCGAGCCGCUGCCUCACGGGGCCAUGCUGGUGCACAACUGCCUUCCCGCCCUCUGCUGGAAUCGUGCCAUCGUUCCAGCAGUCACAGUGUCGACAGCAUGCGACGGUGACUUCGUUCAAGAAGUCUUUGGCUGUUUUUACCUGCACCAGGAGGAGAAGACCUGGUGCGAUGCUCGCUACCACUGUGCCACCCUCGGCGCCGACCUCGCCGUCGUCUCGGCUUCAGAUUUUCAAAAACUGCAAAUAUUACUGGCAGCCACUGCAAAUAUGAUGCAAGUGUGGGUGGGCGUGAAGUCUCGGAUGUGGCUGGACAAUCGUGACGUGGCAAGUGGUGAGUGGGGUCCCAACGACCCCAACGGAGCUGCUGAUGAGUGUGCCCGCAUGCUUAUGGAAAACGGGAAGUACACACUAGCUGACAAGGGCUGCUCAGCCACAUUUAUUGUCUUGUGCAUGAGGCCAUCCUAACGUCCUUGUUGUCCAGUGUUUGGGCAUUUUGUCUGGACUACUUUGAGCAAGUUUUACUGGAAUUCAUUGUGGUUUUCAAGAGGUUUUAGUGAUGCUAGUGGUAUUUUAACAAGAGUGCUACGCAUUUAACAGAUUCUAGUAAAAGUUAUUGGGGUUUUGAAAAGUGAUUGCGUGUUUGUAGUGGUAGUUAACAAGAAGUCUGUACUUUUAUUAGGUUCUACUGGAAGUUAUUAAGGUUUUCAUAUGUGUUUCCGUGAUUCUAGUAUUAUUUUAACAAAGAAUGAACUUUCACCAGGUCCUACUAGAAGUUACUUAGGAUUUAAAGAGGUAAAGAGUGUUCUCAUGAAUUUGUUGGUAGUUUUAAAGCGAUUCUGCAUCUUAAACAGGUUCUAUUAGAAGUUAUUGGGGGUUUCCAAGAAUGUUAUGAUUCUAGUGACAGUGUAAUAAAGAUUCUCCCUAUUAAAUUAUGAAACACCUUGAAGAACAGAAAAA